AUGGGCAACUCCAAUGGCAAGCCCGUCGUCUUCACCGACGAAGUCAACCUCAACCAUUUCCGACUCCUGCGAGUGGUGGGGAAAGGUGCAUUCGGAAAAGUUCGUAUCGUUGAGCGAAAGGACACCGGCUUGACCUUCGCCUUGAAAUACAUUCGCAAAGAUGAAGUGGUACGAUCGGAGAGCGUACGGAACAUCAUCAGAGAGCGAAGGAUGCUGGAACACCUCAAUCACGCCUUCCUUUGCAACUUGCGAUACAGUUUUCAGGAUAUCGAAUAUUUAUACCUUGUUGUAGAUCUAAUGAAUGGCGGCGACUUACGAUUUCAUAUCUCACGAAAGACCUUUACUGAAGACGCGGUACGGUUCUGGAUGGCAGAGCUCGGCUGCGCGUUACGAUACUGUCAUGGGCAGGGCAUUGUGCAUAGGGAUCUCAAACCAGAUAAUGUCUUACUUGACUCUGACGGCCAUGUGCACCUGGCUGAUUUUAAUGUUGCAUCUGAAUACAAACCGGACAAGCAAUUACACAGCAAAUCUGGGACACUCGCAUACCUUGCGCCGGAGGUCUACGCUGGUACAGGGUAUCUGACCGAGGUAGAUUGGUGGUCGUUGGGAGUCACGUUUUAUGAAUGCAUUUAUAACAAGCGACCUUUUUCUUCGCACGGUCACGAAAAGCUGGAAAAGGAAAUCCUGAAAGCCUCGCCCAAUUAUCCUGUCACACAGCCGCCAGUCUCAAUACACUGUACACACGCCAUGCAAUCACUAUUAGAGAAGGACACACGGAAAAGAAUAGGGGCAACCGGCUUCGACACCUACACAGAUCAUCCCUUCUUCCGACCAAUCGACUUUGAAGCUCUCGAGAAGAAGCAGAUCCGGCCAGUCUUUGUACCGUCUAGCGAAAAGACCAACUUUGACGCGACAUACGAUCUGGAAGAGCUACUGCUGGAGGAGGCACCCCUGGAAGCAAGAGCAAGGCGCCAAAAGCCAAGGGUAAAACUGAAAGAGGACGCAACAGACAAGGAAAUCCGGACGGACGAGCUGCACCGAAUGAUAGAAACGCUGUUCGAGCCUUUCGAUUAUACCACCGUAACUGACUAUAAAGGCUUCGUGGACUCCCCUUCUGGCGUGGAAUCCUCCCUCGACAUGCUCGAUCACGCCAACACCACCACGACAUCCUCCAAACACAGUACCGACGACCCAGAUCUCAACCACGUCGCCACAAAAUCCCACCUCAGCGGCUCCGCGAACGGCUCCCCACCUAUGACCACGCAUGGCCAGGCCGUACUUUCGAAUCACUCAGAAUACUAUCUUUCAAACGAAAUCCCCGCAGGCCAGGGCGUCCUGGGGCCGACUUCCCACCCUACUCCACCAGCUCAAGGGAGGCAACCGCCAAGGAGUGCCGGUGCACCGCGGGGUGGUGGACUACAGGUUGUCACUAAUGACGAUGGAACUGCGUGGGAGGGGUCGAGUAAGAAAGAAACGAGGACUAGUAAUGGGAGUACCGACGUCAGGGAAGGAGGGAGGAGUACGAAGGGGAAACCGAAUGGGAUGUUGGGUUUCCUGUCAAGGAAGAAGGGCAGGGAGAGGAGUCCGAAACCGAUGGAGGCAGGGGUGUUGGGGAAGGAAGGGGCGAGGGUUGUUGUCGGUGGACGAUAA